AUGGCUUUCGCUCACCAAGUCGGAGGACAUGCUGCGACCAUCCUGGCCUCGCCCAUAGACGCUUCGACACUCAUCAAGCCCGCUUCGGCGCGCGAACUCGCCUUCUACACGCAGGUCGCGCCAACUCUCGCUGAUGGGACCCUUCUCGGCGAGUGGACGCCCGCUUUCUACGGGACGCUCAAGCUGGAGGGCAAGGUCGGUCAGUCUGGCGCUGUCGAGAAGCUCGACACGGCUGGAGAUGAGGAAGGAGAGGUUGAGCCCGCGAUGCUCGUGUUGGAGAACUUGACGUACCGCUUCGUCCGGCCGAACGUCCUCGACAUCAAACUCGGAACCCAGCUCUUCGACGAGGAUGCGAGUGAAGAGAAGAAGGCACGGAUGACGAAAGCGGCGGCAGCGAGCACGAGCGGCGAGACUGGCAUACGGUUGACGGGCUUCCAGGUCUGGGACGCCGCCUCGCAGGCGUACAUUACGACAGCAAAGCCAUACGGCCGCUCGCUCAAGCCCGCAGAACUCCCGUCCGGCAUCACUCGCUUCUUCUACCCUCCGCUCUCAUGCCUCUCGCAGGCAGAGAAGGACGCCCUCGACUUUGCGCCAGCUGCGUCCGCGCCAUCUACAUCUGCUGCCGGGUCUGCUUCUUCUUCUCCCGCGCCCGCAACGCCUCGAACGCCCGCCCCUCUCCCGCUCGAUCUCCUCCUUCCCGUCCUUCGCACCCUCAUCCGCCGACUAGACGAGCUCAUCUCGCUCUUCUCCACCCUAGAAAUCCGUAUGCGAGGCGGCUCGCUCCUCAUCGUCGUCGAAGGCGACCCCUCCGCACUUGAAGCCGCCCUCCUCCGCUCAAUGGACGACGACGAAGAUGACGCGGGGAGCGUCUCAACUACCGAUGGCGAUGGGAACGCAAAGCCUCAUACGAGGCUCGCGUACGAGAUGCGGCUUAUUGAUUUUGCGCAUACGAGGGCUGCGCCGGGAGAAGGACCGGAUGAGGGCGUGUUGAAGGGCUUGCGGACGGUCAAGACACUGCUGGAGGAUCUCACGCAGAAAUUGACGGAGAAGCAGAAGCAGGAGGAGGCGUAG